GCGCAUGACGGCGAGAUGGCGCAGCUGCAGACCACGGGGGAAGUGCAGCGAAAGCCGUUGGAGAAGGCUACAGCUCGCUUACAAGGGCGCUGGAAUGGGGAAGACAGUCCCAGAAAGCGUCCCCGUGUCUAGUGGGUAUCAGCUCCCAGACACACUGGAGAGGGUUAGGCGACAGAGGCAUCGAUGACGGUCACCACCACAGUAAAGGAUGGAAGAGCGGGGCAUGAUCUUGUAUGGGUGUCUAUUGGACAAAACAUGCAACAAGGCGUAUAUGCUUUUAUAUCUCUACAUUUCCAGCUGGCGGUCCUAGGAAACAUUCUAGGUGAAAGCUACCUAAGCAUGCUGGCAAGCGACACAGGUAUACAUGGUUUUGUAUUUUCUUCUAAAUUUUCAAUACACUUGCAAUCUAUAGCUAUUUUCGAUUCUCAUACUCUGUUUUGGCAUCCGCACUGCACUGAUGUCUAUCUUGGGCCCAUCUACCUACUUUACCUCGCCCCAGCACAGACCCAGAAAGCAACCGGUCGACCGCGGUCUUGGAUGCCCCAAUACCAGCGCCCUCCUAUUACUGGACCCGACAAAUCUUUCUGCCACCCACGCACUGCAAUAUUGUAUACCGCGGGCAAGCUCAACGACGCCGACGCUCGUAGGCACAUUCCAGUACCACGGCCUACCUAUUCCCCGGCGUCAGCCACUGCUCUAUCUCGAACGACAGUGCUAUACACGGCUAGUCAUGGCAACAUGGACCCUAUGGGUCAAUCUCGACCGGCGCCGAGGACGCCUCACCUCUUCCAAUGGCCGCGGUCGAGGCCAUGCCUCCGUCCCUAACAACAAUGUUAUAGACGGCCGACCGUACCAUAGUUACCAACGUUCACGGGGAUGACAACCUUGAGAUGUCCGACCACCACCACCACCCACAGCGUUUUAUGGGACGGCCGCAACUUAGUCCCCCUCCUCUCCUGUCGCAAGCUCGCCCACAUCCCACGGCCGACCGGCCGCGUCGUCCUCGUCCUCGUCUCCUCAGUCCUCAAGUUAAUGUCGACGAGCUGAAGGAGAGUCCGGUCACUGAACUGCCGCAUCUGUCGUCCCGUUCCUCCCACCGGGAGUGGAAUAUAUUUCUGUUUUCGUCUAGGGGAUGGGAUUAUCGGACCGUGAAAAGAGGGAAUAGUCAGCAACAA